AUGAACAUCGCUCCUACAAACUUUCUCAAAUGUAUGCCUCAGCAAAUAGAGGUUAUUCAUGCUAAGGAAGUGAAAUUGGAACUACAACAAUUGAUCAACAAAUUCAAGAAGCUGAAUUUAGUGCCUUUAGCUGGUUCAUCUCAGGCUUUCACAACUGAUAAAACCUGUAAGCCCAAAACGUUCGAAUUUUCAAAGUAUCUUCUUCCUUUUGGCAUUGUCUACAUUAACAAGAAGUUACCUAUGGGUGUUGAACCAAUUCAUCACAUGUUCAUUUGGGAGCCUGAACAUGGUAUCUUCCACCUCAACAACCAAAAUCAAAUGUGCUUUCAGUGCACUAAAGAUCUUCCCUCUGCUCUUAAUGAGCACUUGUUUCAUCUCCGUCUGGAGUACAUUCGUCAUAAGGAAUUUAAGCAAGGUUAUCAUGUGCUAAUCUCUCUAGAACUCAACAAAUGCUUAGAAUACCUUGACAUUGAAGAAUACAGGUAG